ACUCAUCACGUGAAAGAUAGAUCAACCACUUGUCAAAUAAAGAAACCUGGGCGCUAGACUUCAUAGUAGAUUUAACGUCUACACGUCUUCUAGGAAAUUACGGACAGGAAAGGGUUUUAAAGAAUUUAUGAUAAUGAUUGGAAAUCCAGCUAUAAGAGGGGGGAGCACCAUGAUGACAGAGAUGUUACCAGAAAUUAGAGUAUUGAAUCCUCGGACACAUAAUACGUGGGAAGAGGGUCGUUACGCAACUUACGAUAUUCAUAUACAGACGGAAAACAAUGCUUACAGACUUCAGACAUCCUGUAGUGCGAGAAGAUACUCUGAAUUUUUAUGGUUACGGAAAAAAUUGAAAACACAUCAUCCCUCAGUAAAAUGUCCUCCGUUACCACCUAAGCGAUAUUUCUGGAAUACAUUUGGUCGAGAGUUCCUGGAAGAUAGAAGAAAGGGUCUUGAAGAUUAUUUAAAUGAAUUACAGAAUGAGAUGUUAUACUUAUCAGACGUGACCUUUCAUCUGUUUGUACAAACAAGUUUAACGACAGAAGAUAUAGACAGUUAUUUAAACGGGGACUUGUCGGAAGACGAUCUCAAUCAAGUCUGGUUAAUGAGCGGCAAAAAAAAUAGCCAUGGAAGCCAACUACACAUAUCGACAUCUUGUCCACAUCAGCUAAAGUAUUUAGGAGGUUCCGACGGAGACGACACCUUAUCACCAGAUUCAAACCAUUCCGGAGGACUUUCUAGAUACGGUAAUUCGCUAUCGAACAGUUGGUUAGACAUACCAGAGACACCUAGUGAAAGUUCUGAUUGCAACUCAGUUGAUUCAGGGGAAGAUAACUCUAGUGCCAGUGACAAGACUAAUACAGUUAUUGUCCAUAAUAAAGCUACAGUGCAAGGAAAUUCGUUCUUUCAUAAACUAGGUUUUGGUCGUUCACAGACCAGCCCAGCGUUCAGUAUAAAUUCUAUUAACGAUAAGUAAUGUUAAGUACUCUUAGGAAAUUAUGAGAUCAAAAGAGAGGAACUUCAAGAGACCUAUGUUCAAAGGGCCAAAAUGCCAACGAUUGCUGUAUAUGUUGUGUUAUCAAGGUGCUUCUUAUAAUAUACUGGUACUGAACAUUUGAAGCUACACUACUAUAUAGUAGGCCUACUUCAGUUUGUUAUCCAAGAUGUUUAUAAUUUAUAGUAGGCCUACUUCAGUUUGUUGUCCAACAUGUUUAUAAUUUAUAGUAGGCCUACUUCAGUUUGAUGUUAUCCAACAUGUUUAUAAUUUAUAGUAGGCCUACUUCAGUUUGAUGUUAUCCAAAAUGUUUAUAAUUUAUAGUAGGCCUACUACAGUUUGAUGUUAUCCAAGAUGUUUAUAAUUUAUAGUAGGCCUACUUCAGUUUGAUGUUAUCCAACAUGUUUAUAAUUUAUAGUAGGCCUACUACACGUUUGAUGUUUCCAAGAUGUUUAUAAUUUAUAGUAGGCCUACUACAGUUUGUGAUGUUAUCCAAGAUGUUUAUAAUUUAUAGUAGGCCUACUUCACGUUUGAUGUUAUCCAACAUGUUUAUAAUUUAUAGUAGGCCUACUUCAGUUUGAUGUUGUCCAACAUGUUUAUAAUUUAUAGUAGUCCUACUACAUGUUUGAUGUUGUCCAAGAUGUUUAUAAUUUAUAGUAGGCCUACUACACGUUUGAUGUUGUCCAAGAUGUUUAUAAUUUAUAGUAGGCCUACUUCAGUUUGAUGUUGUCCAACAUGUUUAUAAUUUAUAGUAGGCCUACUACACGUUUGAUGUUGUCCAAGAUGUUUAUAAUUAGUGACAAACAUACACAGGUCGUAGAAUAAUGACUCAUAAACUAUAUAGUAGGCCUACUACAGUUUGAUUUGUCCAAGAAGUUUAUAAUUAGCCACAAACAAACAGACCGAAGAAUUAUAACUUAUAAACCAGUUGAUAACCAAUUUCAAAAUACAGAUGUGGUCUUGUUGUAGUACAGUAAAGGACAGUAUUGAUAUUAGUUGAAAUAUUUUGUGUGUGCUGGCCUGGCUGCUUUUUAUGGUUUGGUGAAAAAUACAUGGUUGUUGUUUAUGGACAUUUUAAAAGUUUGUUUAUGAAAUUUAUUUUGCAAGUUUUGAAAAUUUAUUUAUGUUCUUGAAACUUGUUUAUGGAUGUUAUAAAAUGUAAUUUACCGGUAUGUAUGGAUGUUUUAAAAUGUAACUAAUGAUAUAAAAAGAGCAUAUUUUAUGAAGUUUAUUUAAAAUAUACACAGACCACAUUUUAUUCAACUUAUAUAAUGUAUAUAUUUUUUAAGUUUUUUAUUUUAACUCGAAAUAAAAUUUUAAUGUU